AUGGCAACCGCCGUCUGCUUAAUCUCCACCCCCCAAUUCAAGUUCCCAACCGCCGCACGGCGCGGCGGCGGCGGCGGCGGCGGCGACUCCCUCGCUCGUCGCCCAUUCUUGACGACGAACCAUUCCCGCAAAACCACCCUUCCAUUUUCCUCCUCACCAAAACUUAUUUACCUACACUCCCGUCAACGCCCUUCGAUUAUCACUUUCUCCGGAGGCGGCAGCGGAGGAGACGGUGGCGGAGGUGGAGGAAGCGGCGGCGGCGGCGGCGGCGAUGAGGAGGAGGAUGCAGGGAAGAGAAACAGAGCAGAGGCGAUCAUGGCCAUGGCUGAGGCGAGCAGAUCACUGGACACCAUUCCCAAAGACUUGGCGGCCGCCAUUGAAGCCGGGAGGAUUCCGGCCGCCAUCGUCCGCCGGUUUUUCGAGCUGGAGAAGACGCCGGUGCUCGGUUGGUUGCUUCGCUUCGGAGGGUUCAAGGAGCGGUUGCUCGCUGACGAUCUUUUCCUGACAAAAGUAGCAAUUGAAUGUGGGGUUGGGAUCUUCACCAAGACUGCGGCAGAGCUGGAGAAGCGAAGGGAGAACUUCAUGAAAGAACUGGACUUCGUCUGCGCCGAUGUGGUAAUGGCCAUCAUUGCCGACUUCAUGCUGGUAUGGUUGCCUGCCCCGACGGUUUCUCUCCGGCCAGCUGUAGCAGUGACCGCCGGAGGUUUAAGCAAGUUCUUCCACGGCUGCCCAGACAAUGCAUUUCAGGUUGCCCUGGCCGGGACAUCCUAUUCGUUCCUGCAACGAAUAGGAGCUAUAGUAAGAAACGGGGCGAAGCUCUUUGUGGUCGGGACUAGUGCAUCCUUGAUCGGAACAGGAGUGACGAACUUGCUUAUCACGGCGCGGAAGAUUGUGGAUAAGUCAUUUGCAGGCGAAGCAGAGGAUGUACCUGUUUUAUCGACAAGCAUAGCAUACGGUGCCUACAUGGGAGUAUCCAGCAAUAUAAGGUACCAAAUACUUGCUGGAAUUAUCGAGCAACGGAUAUUAGAACCUUUACUGCACGAAAAGAAGCUGAUACUCGGCGCAGUCUGCUUCGCAGUGCGAACUGGCAAUACAUUCUUGGGGUCACUGAUGUGGGUGGACUAUGUGCGAUGGCUAGGAAUCCAGAAGAUUCGCGAGUAAACGACGGGCAUGGCUGGUUAAGGACAGAGGGUCUGCCAUCAUUUGCUUGUUAAGGUUGCCUCCGUGCUCGCAGUGCAGUUUCCUACUCUCUGCUCUGCACAAACAGUUCAGAAUUGUGAAUACUUGUGUCCAAAUUCAGGUUGCAAUUUAAACUAACGCUGAGGGCAGGGAAUGGGAAUGUCCUCAAGUCCACAUUUUGUAAUACAAAAGCAUGUUCAAAUAACACAUUUUCUUGGUUGAAUUGAAACUGCAUUUAGACAA